AUGAAAGAGGCCAAGUUUAAAAAUGUGUUCCAGCCAGGCAACAUUUUCAAUACUAUUGAAACAAUUCCAAAAAAUUAAGACCUUAAGUCUUUGCUUCAGGAAAAGAGAACGUUUUAUGAGAAUGAUGAAGAGAGCAUUAAAAGGACCAAUACAGUUUUGUUCCUAAGCCAACAGAUGAACACUGAACUGCUGGAAAAGAUCAAAAGUGCAAACCGAAUACUGCAAAUAACAACUGAAAUAGUCCCUACUCUGUGUGAACAUUACUGAUUAAGUAUUGGCCACAGAGCAAGUGCUGCUCACUUCAGUUACCUGGAAGGGACUGACAAUUUUCUAAUGUGUAUCGUGAGUUUUAAAAGUGCAGAAAAUAGUCUGCAUAAUAUUGGCUGCUGCACUAAUGAGGACAUACAUCCUUCCUGCACAACACAAAGUCAGCUGUUACCUAACUCAGGAUGUAUGCAGCACAAUCAAAAUUCUGGAGGAGAAAAGAGGAUUAAAGGUGAUGGAAGCUUUCAAACACCUCUAAGUAAUUCUGCAAAUAAUCAGGUAAUUUCUGAGAAUAAACCUUUCAGCUUGGCAGCUGAAAGGGGAAGUAGUCUUCAAAUGCUCAGAUGCAACAAUUUUCAACCAAUUCAAAAUGAAGUAAUUGAGAAAGAAAGGCCUGUCAGGAUUAAAGAUGAUAAUUUUCAGACAGCAGAUGUGUGCUAUCAAAGCCAAACAGGGAGGGAAAAUCAGCCUGGAAUUCAGAGCCCGAAUGAAAUGAAGGAUCAGCCUAUGGCAUUAAAAGAAAUGAAUUACAGCUCUGAAGUCAAGGACACUGAUGGAAUUUUAAAAUCUGGGUCAAUUGGCCAUAAAUGUGGAAGUGAGGAAAUCCAUCUUCCUGCUGUUUCAGAAAUCAGUAAAGCUGAUGAAAAAACAUUCAACACGUUAAAUGAUAAAAAUGAGGUUAUUAUUGCAUGUCCAGCUGAAGCUGUGAAAAUGGAAGACCGAAGAGUCUGGUCCCAAAAAGAACUUCUUACAGAAAGGAAUGGUAAAAACAAUCCUCAAAUUACCUGUUAUGCCACAGCGCUUAUUAUAGUUCAGAAAUUGUUAUGCAGAAUACUCAACAAUAGGAGCCCAAUUGUUGUAAAUGACGGUGAAGAACUGGUUAGCAAUGUGAUCAGCAUUGAGUGUACAGACUCCAAGAUAAAAAUUCCGUUUCCUGUCAAAAUUGCUAUACCAUUCAGUGCACAAUACCAGGGCAAUUAUCGAGAACAUGGUAAAAGAUCUGAUUCCAUACGAUAUUCAAGUUUUAUGAGUCCUAUCUCCUCAGACAGGAUGUACAAUGGACACAAUAAGGGAUCAUGUGCAAAGGUUAAGAUAUAUAAACUUGGUAUCCUUUCAGUUGUGUCCUGUUUAAGAAAAGAGAUGUUUACCAUACCUAGAACAGCUUUAGCCUUAAAAUUGAGCAUAGAUUCAAGAAAUACACUGAACUGUCUCCCUGACUCAUUCAGCACCCCUAUGACCGUUCAAUCAAAGGUCAAUCCAAUUGAUUCAGCACUGUUGUCUGCACUAAAAUCAAGACAAGAUAUAUAUCAUCUUAUAAUCUGUACAAGCCCCCUUGUUCACAUUAAACAUCCGUCAACUCUACAGUUUUGGACAUCAAUUACAGUCACUUUGCCCUGACAACCAAAACCAGACAAGAAGACAGACUAUGCUCGAGCAGCUACAGCCAUGGUGCACAGAACCAGCAAUCUUCAGAUUUGGGAAAUGGAGAGAUUAUCUGCAACAGCCCAAAAACAUGGAGAGGCUAUCAAUGAAUCUUUAAAACUGUUGGGAUUUAACUCCAAGGAUGAGGCCUGGUUGAUAAUGGACAAUGUAACCAUGGAAGAUGUGCAAAAUGCAUUAGUUGCAUUUGAAAUUGCAGAAAAUCUAGACAAAUUUAUAGUCCUUUGUUUAUCAUCUUCAGUGGAUAAUAGUUACUUGAUUCCUUUUAUACAUGAACUGGAAGAAGCAAUUUGAUUUACCACGGUUAAUGUUAUUAUGUACCAGAAAAGGGAAACUUUCCACCACAAUGUAGUCCAGAUGGUGCCUUCCAGGGAUUUACAAUAGGAGCUGGCUAAAAUGUGUGAAGAGGGAUAUAGAGAUCCACCAGAGCCAUCUGAAAAAGUACCAGUGGGAGAAGGCAAGCAGCUUAUACUCAAGUUUAGUGGCAACAUUAAAUCAUCAGGUAAUGAGCAAGGUAUGACACAAGGAUAUCCAUUAAUACUCCGCUCUCAGCAGAAAAGCAGGCUGGUGCUUUAUCUGACUGUAGUAGUAGUAGAAGAGUUUGGCAAUUACUUCUCUCCUCACUCUAAGGGGAUGGCAAUAGUAUGCAAGAUAAAUAAAGAUGGGCUACCUCAACAGUCGGAUGGCUACCACAUGGUGAAUCCACAUUACAAUCCUGUAUGCAAACUGGCAUUAACAUUACCGAAGGUAAGACGAGAGCACCUAGAUCACUCUGUCAUCCAGAAUGUCGUGCCCCCCCCCCAACCUACAUCUGGGAAUGUGCUUUACUGGCUGGCUUCAGAACUUUCUGAAGAAGAUGCCGUGAUGCUUGUGACCUCCUAAUGAAUUCGGCACAGUGCCAUUCAGCUCGUCAAGUUGAACAAUCCUGAUGAUUUAACAGAUCAGAUUUUCAAAAUACUCAACAUGUGGAAAACACAUCUACCAACAACCAUAAAUAAGAUCCUUUCCUGACAUUUGAAAAGGUGUGGAAGGGAAGAUUGGGCUGAAGAUUCAUGGUCCAAACAGGAUUCUGGAUGA